AUGUCCAAGUCAUCAAAGAAAAGCUCGUCAACGCCCUCCCUGCAGGAUGGAACCAUAGUCGUCACUAGCCAGCAAAGCCGCUUUCAUGUGGAUGCCGUGGAUGCUCCAACUUCAAAGGAUAUUGAUGUUAAGGAUCUGACGCUAUCCGUUGGGGGGCGCGGAUUACUGGACCACGCACAUCUACGGAUCGUGGAGGGCGUGCAUUAUGUCCUGGCUGGGCGGAAUGGAACCGGGAAAAGCUCGCUGCUGCGAGCGUUGGCGGAACGACGAGUACCUGGUGUUCCUCGCAAUUUGCGUCUACUCUUACUUGGGCAGACGCGAAUUAGUUCCGAUGCAGUGACAGAAUCUGACGACAGCGAGGGCGAUAGCAUCAAGGUACUUGAACACGUCACAAGAAGUCUUGCCGCAGCACUAGAAGAUAAAGCCGAUUCCAGCAAUAUUGUGCCGACGGUACGGUCGCUUCAACUCGAGCAAGCUAAGCAAGAGUUGGUCGAGGCUCAACUUAUAGCGGCACGACGGAGUGGUGCGCGAGGACUCAAGGCCCGCCAAAUGCUCACAGAGAAGGAGAAGGAAGUGGAGGCGGCGCAAAAACGCUAUGAUGAAGCCGGGAGCGCCGAAGAUGAACAAGAAGCGACCAGAAUCGGGCUCGAUAUGCUGGAAGCGACACGUUCGGCACUAGAGGCAAUGGACGCUGGUAGUACUGAGGCUCGAGCCCGAACGAUACUCCUCGGCCUGCGGUUUUCCGAGGAACAAAUUGAAAACCCCGUCAAAUCGUUGUCUGGAGGAUGGCAAACACGCUGUGACCUCGCAUGCGCUUUGAUUCAGAAAACCGAUAUACUGAUGCUUGACGAGCCCACGAAUUUUCUUGAUCUGCCAGCCAUUAUUUGGCUUGAAAGGUACAUCACGAAAUCGCUAGCGGGGACCACUGUGAUCAUUGUUACACAUGAUCGCGACUUUGCCGACGCCAUUGCUCACGAGGUGUUGCUCGUCCGGCUUGCUCCCGCCAAAACGCUGGAGGUGUUCAAAGGCAAUUUGACAGAAUAUGAGAGCGAAAAGCGGCGACAAAUCCGACGCAUGACCAAGAUGGCCGAAGCACAAGAAAAGCAGACGGAACACAUGAAAGAUACCAUUGCCAAGAACGUCAAGGCUGCGAAACGAACGGGAGAUGACAAGAAAUUAAAACAAGCGGCAUCACGGAGAAAGAAGCUAGAGGAACGGACUGGGCUUGAGGUUGGCCAACGUGGUGGUAGGUUCAAACUCAAUCGAGACCUUGCAGGAUGGCACAACUCAGUGCGCGAUGGCAUUGAUAUUCCCGAGUUUGAUCCACCUGUUACGAUAACGCUGCCGGAGCAGCCAGAACCGCUGCGUCAUUCCGGGCCUCUGUUCAGCUUUGACAAAGUCUCGUUCACCUAUCCCAAAUCGGGCGUCUGGACCUUGAAAGAUGUUGACCUAGUUAUGCACCCUCGUGAACGUGUAGGGCUGGCCGGUCUGAAUGGAAGCGGAAAGUCCACACUGGUCAAGCUCCUUAUGGGAGCAGCCACUGGAGGAGAUCCGAGACCAUCCAAAGGCUCAGUCACAGUGCAUUCCAAGGCGAAGUUCGGCUGCUAUUCUCAAGACGCCGUCGAAAACCUGGAGACUCUCGGGAGGCAGGAUUUGCAAAGAACGGCUUUGUCUCACCUGAUGGGACUCCCGAACUGGACGGGAGAUGAACAGGCUGCUCGGGGUACACUGGCAAAGUUAGGCCUCCGAGGGAACACCGUGACAGACAUUCCUUUGGCCUCUCUAUCUGGGGGGCAACGAGUGCGUGUGGCACUGGCAGAGGCUUUUUUUAAUUCUCCUCAUCUACUCGUCCUAGAUGAAGUAACGACGCAUCUGGACGCGGACACCAUCGACGCGCUGAUUCAGGCCCUCAAAGAGUGGCAGGGUGCUCUGCUCGUGAUCACUCACGACCGGCAUUUUAUGCGAUGUGUGGUGGACCGAGAGAAGCCAGUAAGGACCGAAGACGAAGGCGAAAGCAGCGAAGAGUCGGAUUCUGAUGCAGGUACACCCGGGGUGGUAUACCACGUGCGAAAAACUGGGCUUCGAAGGCUGGACAGAGGCAUGCAGCAGUACGAAGAGAUUGUGGCUAGAAUCGUUGACAAGCUCGCUUUCCCCCUCGAAUUGACAAACCAGACAAACAUCCCGCAGGAAAGUGAAGAUCCCGUCUUCUAUCCAACUCCCCUCUUUUCGGUCACCAACGGGAGUGCAAUUGUGGCCAAUGCUAUCAGCCAAGUCAACUCCAUCCUUGCAACAAACGCAACAAAUUGCACCAAAUGUCUCUCGGCAUUGGAAGUCGGGCAAUAUGUGGCCCAACGAGUCCCUACCAUGGUCCCAGAUCUGCUGGUUCAGUUGUGUAUAAGCAGCGGGUUCAUGUCCAACACGAGCUGUCAUGAAAAUUACGACGCCGAAAACUUCGGAGCUGUUUAUACCCAAGUUCUUGCCUUAGGUAAUAUGUCCGGAUCUGACGGCGAGUAUCUUUGCAACUUUUUGAGCGGGAAUUUCUGCCCGCACCCAUUCACCCUUCCCUCAAAUACAACGGGUUACUUCGGCCCGAAGCCUGACAAUAUCACAAUUCCGAAACCCAGCGGCAACAGAGUCAAAGUCGUCCAUAUGAGCGAUUUCCAUAUUGACCCAAGAUACGACGUCGGCUCCGAGGCAAACUGCUCAAGCGGGUUGUGUUGCCGUUCCAAUAACCCCAAGAGUGCUUCUGGUCAGCUGGAGAUACCCUCACCGCUCUACGGCUCAUUCAGAUGCGACAGUCCUUAUUUCCUCCUGACGUCAGCCUUGGAGUCCAUCGGUCCUCUGACCGGCACGACGUUCAACAACCAAACCGAAAACGACCAGUUUGCCUGGGGAAUAUAUACCGGCGAUUUGGUUUCUCAUGAGUCCCAGAAUGAGCUGUCUAACAACUACACCCAAUACGCCGAGGUUUCGAUCUAUCACAUGAUCAAGUCUUACAUUCCUAGUGGACCUAUCUUCGCCGUGCUUGGAAAUCACGAUUCCAACCCUGAUGGGAUUGAUUCUCCGCACAGCAUGCCAGGAAACCUGGGCCAGCAACAGUCUUGGAAUUGGAACCAUGUUGCUUCGCUGUGGCAGCAGAACAACUGGAUUUCUUCCGACGCCGCAAACGAGGCCCGCAUGCACUACGGAGCGUACAGUAUCAACCAUCCCAAGUAUCCACAGUUGAGGAUCAUCACUUUCAACACGGACUUCUGGUACCGAAGCAACCUCUUGAAUUACAUCAACACUACAAAUCCAGACAACAGUGGAAUGUUCAAAUUUGUGGCGCAAGAGCUCGCAGAUGCCGAGAGCAAGGGGGAACGAGUUUGGCUCCUGGGCCACGUCUUGUCCGGUUGGGAUGGUUCCAACCCGCUUCCCAACCCUACAGAUCUUUUCUAUCAGAUUGUUGACCGAUACUCUCCACAUGUGAUUGCUGGUGUCUUCUUCGGCCACACCCACGAGGAUCAGUUUAUGAUCUACUAUAGCAAUAACGGAACCACCCAAGAUGCUGCGCAUGCUAUCAACGUUGGCUGGAUAGGCCCGAGUGUAACCCCUCUCACCAACCUGAACUCCGGCUACCGCAUGUACGAGGUGGACACUGGAGACUUCUCCAUAUAUAACGCCUAUACCUAUCACGUCAACGUCAGCGCGUUUCAGACUCUCGACGCUGCCCAAUCCGGCCCUGUCUGGAGCUACGAAUACUCUACCAGAGAUACAUACCAGGUCGGAUGGCCUGAGGAUGCGCCUCUCAAUGCAACGUAUUGGCAGAAGGUCACCGAGGCUAUGGCUGCAAAUCAUACGCUGGUCAGCAUCCACAACACUUACCAGGGGAAGAUGAGUGUCAUGAGUCCCAACUGCACCAACAACGCGUGCGCGGAGGCCAAAAUCUGUUACAUGAGAAGUGGGAAUGUCGCGUUGGGCAGGGAGUGUCCUCAGGGAUUCGGCUCCGUCCAGAGCCCCUUUACUGGCAAGAAUUUCUAA